AUGAAAAUGGCGUCCUCUCAAGGAAGAAACAGAGGCCCCGGUCAGCAAUCUACGUUUGCAUUUCGGCUUAUUAAUCCAGAAUUAUUCAUCAAACCCGUGAGUAAACGUUAAAUUUAUAAUUUAAGUUUCUUAGAUAAGUUUGUUUUUGGUUGGGGGUUCAGUUUUUCGGGUCUUUUUUCGGGUUUUUCGCCAAGCAAGAUUUGGUCAGCUGACCCACGUCACCUAGAAACAGUUCUCAUUUUUACAGAAGUUUUAAAAUCAGACUCCACGCCAACAAAACUUAGAUGUUACAAAACUAAAUCGUCUAAAAUUGAUCGUGAUGUUUACCGCUGCAGCUUUAAUGGGACGUCCAAUACCCAUAAUCCCCUCUGGAAGUCCCUCCACAAGGGAGUUUGGAACAUCUAACGACUUUUUACCCAUUUCUCAGUACUUUUGCCAGCUCUAGGUUCAGAAUCUGGCAUUUUUUUGUCUUUUGGGGGUUGGCAAGUCUGUAUAUAGGUAUACUGGUAUGUGCUCCUGUGAAGGGUAUGGUUUUUUAGUCUGGGAUAAGGUAAAGAAAUCAGAGAGUUUGGUUCUAGAUUCAAUAUGGAAUCAUUUUUCAAGAAACUGAUCACUUGGUUGAAGAUUUUAGUCUAGACUAGGGAAACAAGGAAUUAUCCCACAACUCAGCUUAAUAGCAAAGUAAGUGUUGACAUUGAUCUAGUAAUUAACAGAAAACAGUGACUCAAAGGUAGGGAGAGAUUUUGGAAGUAAAGUCUAGUAUAGGGUAGCAAAAUUCAGCCAAACUAGGUCUGGUAUGGACUGAUAACUCUGGGGUUCAAGCAACACCUUCCUAACCAAACUUUCCUAAAGUACCCCUGCCUCAAGUCCCUUCCCUCUCCUCCCUGUAGAUCAAAACUGAAUGUGACUUUUUUUUUUAACAAGACAGACAGAUGUUGUUGAAAAUUUGGGAAUGAUUUAUUUUCAGUUUUUCCCUAACUGUCGAUGAAAAGAAUUUUGAUGUUGUAACCAUCUAAACUUAUUCUCACUUACAUUUGAGUUCCAGUUAGACCUCAUAUUGAAGCUAUAGGGCAAACUCGUAAGUGUACCUUUGUUGAAAGCCAGACCCAAACUGUGGUUCAUUUUGUCACUAUGGGUCAAACCAGCUUGAAUUUAUGCAAUCUGGUUUCACUAUCAAAUUAAGCCUUUUAAGUGAAAUCAUGAUUUCACUUUUCAUAUUGCUGUUUUCUAACACAACCCAAUAUUGUACAUUGUAGAACAAAGUGGUAAUGAUCAGUGGUACGGUGGCUAUUGUUGGCUGUGUUCUCUUUCUUGGAUACAUGAAUUUAACUGGAGGAAAAAAACAUACCGUGUCUGUGUCUGUGCAGAAUGGAAAGCCUGUGAAAAGCAAAUGGGACUGA